CCAGCGACAGUUUGAAUUCAAAGCGACUACCGAGCGAUACACAUACCGUGCGAACAAACGCGUUGCAUAAUAUUUUUCUGCGUGUGUGAUUUUCUUAAACGUUUCAAGUUUAUUUUUUUUUCAAUUAAAUUGAAAACGACUUUUCCGUCAGCGGUAGUACAAAACGCGAAAACAUGGUCGCGAAAACGGCAAUCGGCAUCGACCUGGGAACGACGUACUCGUGCGUGGGAGUGUGGCAAAACGGCAAAGUGGAGAUCAUCGCCAACGACCAAGGCAACCGGACCACCCCCAGUUAUGUGGCGUUCACGGACACCGAACGGCUGAUCGGGGACGGAGCGAAAAACCAAGUGGCCAUGAACCCCGGCAACACGGUGUUCGACGCCAAACGGCUGAUAGGCCGGCGAUUCGACGACGAGAAAAUACAGGCGGACAUGAAGCACUGGCCCUUCAGGGUGGUCGACGAUUGUGGAAAGCCGAAAAUCCAAGUGGAGUUCAAAGGCGAGCGCAAAGUAUUUGCCCCGGAAGAGAUCAGCUCGAUGGUGUUGACCAAAAUGAAAGAGACCGCCGAAGCCUAUCUGGGUAAAAACGUCACCGACGCAGUGAUCACAGUGCCCGCAUACUUCAAUGACUCGCAGAGACAAGCCACCAAGGACGCUGGCGCCAUAGCCGGCUUGAAUGUCAUGAGAAUAAUAAACGAGCCCACGGCCGCUGCUUUGGCUUACGGUUUGGACAAACAUCUCGCGGGCGAAAGAAACGUACUGAUAUUCGAUUUAGGCGGCGGUACGUUUGACGUGUCUGUGUUGCAAAUCGACGAGGGGUCGAUAUUCGAAGUGAAAUCCACCGCCGGAGACACGCAUCUGGGAGGCGAAGAUUUCGACAACAGGCUGGUCUCGCACUUGGCCGAAGAGUUCAAGAGGAAGUUCAACAGGGACGUCAAGAGCAACCCCAGGGCACUGAGACGCCUGCGAACGGCCGCCGAAAGAGCCAAGCGAACGUUAUCGUCGAGCUCGGAAGCAACAAUUGAAAUCGACGCCCUAAUGGAAGGCAUUGAUUUCUAUACAAGAGUGUCUCGCGCUCGUUUCGAAGAACUGUGCGCGGAUCUGUUUCGGUCCACUCUUCAGCCCGUGGAGAAGGCGUUGGCCGACGCCAAACUGGACAAGGGAGCUAUACACGACGUGGUGUUGGUCGGCGGAUCGACCAGAAUACCCAAGAUCCAAAACCUGUUGCAAAACUAUUUCUGCGGCAAGUCCCUUAACCUUUCUAUCAAUCCCGACGAGGCAGUAGCAUACGGUGCUGCUGUUCAAGCUGCGAUUCUUAGCGGAGACACGAGUUCGGCGAUCCAAGACGUUUUGCUGGUCGACGUCACUCCGCUGUCGUUGGGAAUCGAAACGGCCGGUGGCGUUAUGACCAAAAUUGUCGAGAGGAACUGUACAAUUCCGUGCAAACAAACACAGACGUUCACCACGUACGCGGACAAUCAACCGGCAGUCACUAUACGAGUAUUCGAAGGAGAAAGAGCAAUGACCAAGGACAACAACCUGUUGGGAACAUUUGAUCUGACCGGAAUACCUCCAGCGCCCAGGGGAGUGCCCAAAAUCGACGUGACAUUCGAUUUGGACGCUAAUGGCAUUCUAAAUGUUUCGGCCAAGGACAACAGCUCUGGUCGUUCGAAAAAUAUUGUCAUCAAAAACGACAAAGGCCGGUUGUCUCAAGCGGAAAUCGAUCGUAUGCUCAACGAGGCCGAGCGGUACAAAGAAGAAGACCAAAGACAAAGGGUGAACAUAGCCGCUAAGAACCAAUUGGAAAGCUAUGUGUUCGGCGUGAAACAAGCUUUGGACGACGCUGGAGACAAGCUCGGCGAGUCCGAAAAGAACGCAGCCAAACAAGAAUGCGAUACCGUGAUACAGUGGCUGGACAACAAUCAGCUGGCUGAUAAAGAUGAGUACGAGUACAAACUGAAGGAACUGCAAGGAAAGUGUUCCGCGUUGAUGAUGAAGAUGCACGGCGGACAAGCAGGCGGAGCUCAGAUGCCAGGAGCAGGCGGUUUCCCAGGAUCUCAGUCUCGAGGGCCAACUGUUGAAGAAGUCGAUUAAAAUGUUGUAUGCAUAUAAAUAUUUUGCUUCUACAUAAUUGUAAAGAAAUGGUAGCAUAGUAAAAUUAUUAAAUUUAUUGUACAAUUUACACGCAUGUUCCUAUUGUAAAAAAAUUGUUUUUUGUAAAUAUAAAUAUAAGUGUAAAAUUAAUAGAUAUUGUAAUAUUAGUGUUUGAUUUGUUAAUGCAUUAAUAAAUAAAUACUCAUUUUUUUUAAAAAUUAUAAA